AGCAUCCUGAAAAACCACAGCCGUGAGAUUGAGAACCCCCGUGAUGUGUUACUCAGGGUUGGUCAGAUGGCCUUCAGAGGAGUGUCCGAUAAGAGAACUGUGUUUACAGAUGGAGAUUUGAACAACUACAAUCUGCAGCCAUUCCAGUUUCUGUCUGGGUUCCUGAUGGAGCUUUUGGGGAGAGAGGAUUCUGCCCAGUGCGUGGUGUACACAUUCCCACACCUCACCAUCCAAGAGUUUACAGCUGCAGUCGCACAAUUCCUGACUAUACAUCCCGGAGAUAUCCUGAAAUUCCUCACUGAAGCCCACAACACGACAGAUGGGCGAUUUGAGGUAUUUCUCCGUUUUGUUGCUGGUCUCUCCUCCCCAAUGACAGCUCGAGGUCUGGAGGAGUUUCUGGGUCCAUUUCCUCAUGAAACAACUUGUCGGGUGAUGGACUGGGUGAAGGAGGAGGUUAAACGCCAGAGUGAAAACACAUCGAGUGAAGCUGGUAAAAGGAGGCUCCUGAACACAUUUCACUACCUGUUUGAGUCUCAGAAUCGUGAACUGGCUCAGACCGCACUGGGAUCUGUGGAAGAACUUUCAUUCAGUGGAAUGACACUGACCCCAGUUGACUGCGCGGUCCUAUCUCAUGUUGUCAGACUCUGUGAUACAAUAAAACGUCUCGACCUGUCGUACUGCCACAUUUUGUGUGAAGGAAUCCAGCAGCUGGGACCCUGGCUGCACAAGUUCCAGGUAUUGAGUCUUGGGCGGAAUGACCUGGGAGAUUCAGGAGUGAAACUGGUGUCUGCGGCUCUUGGGAACCCGGAGUGUAAAAUACAGACACUGAAUCUGAACCAUGUCGAACUUACAGAUUCUGGUGCUGAGGAUCUCGCCUCCGCUCUCAGUACAAACCGAUCACUGAUAGAGCUGGACCUGGGAUGGAACCCGCUCACAGACCAGUCUGUCCCUGCUCUCCGCCGGCUCAUACUGACCCACCCGAGUCUGGAGCAGAUCAUGCUGGCAGUGAAUAAUUUCAGUGGGACUGGGGAGAAUGAACUGGAGUCUCUACAGGAGUCUAGACCCGGACUGAGAGUGUACCUGUAAACGUCUGAAUGUGUGAAUAUACCCGUCCACAAGAUGGAGACAAUUUGGCCGAU